GGUAGUGCAAGGAUGGUGAUUGGAUAUAGGAAGGUAGUGUGUCUUGCACGUCGUAGUUCAUUACGAACGAUAAUUCAAUAGAUCCCAUUGUCCUUAUGGUAUAAGAGCAGAACUGAGCGUUCCAACUUGCGUCGACCCGUUUGUGUGUUUACCACUCCAAGAUAUCCAAGAUAUCCAAGAUGCCAUCAGAGCCAUAUCCCACCGUGGCGGAAACGCUCAAGCAUCCGGCCUUCGAAACAGCAGUAUGGAACCUUGAGCCAACCCAAAAGGGCGUCCUUCCCGUCGCCGAAGGCCGCGGCGGGCCCUUCAAUAUCUCCUGGGAGAUUCACGGUUCCGGCCCUGUCAAGCUGCUGUUGAUCAUGGGCCUCGCCAGCGUCAAAACCGUGUGGCAGCGGCAGACGCUACACUUCGGCCACCAGCGCGGGGACAAGUACUCGGUGCUGCUGAUCGACAACCGCGGCAUUGGAGAGAGCGACAAGCCGCUGAUGCGGUACAGCACCUCGGAGAUGGCCAAGGACGCCAUCGAGGUCCUCGCCCACGUCGGCUGGGUAUCCCCGUUUCCCUCUCCCACCGCCACCACCACGACGACCACCGCGCCCUCCACCCAGCAGACCCGCCAGGUCCACGUGGCCGGCAUCUCGAUGGGCGGCAUGAUCGCCCAGGAGGUGGCGAUGCUGAUCCCCUCGGCCCUCAGCAGCCUGACGCUGGUGAGCACGGCGGCCGCGAUCGAGAACACGACCACCUUUGCCGAGAACGCCGCCACCCGCAUCUCCAUGCUGAUGCCCAAGGGCGUCGAAGCCUCGGUGCGCUCCACCGCCCUCCGCGUCUUCUCCCGCGCCUGGCUCGUCGGCCCUGACGACGUCGAGCUGCCCGACCCGGCGGCGGGCAUCCCCGGCGUGGGACCGCCGCGCGUCCCUCCUCCUCCUGCGGGGAAAAAGGGCGAGCAGCAGCAGCAGCAGCAGCAGCAGACGUACGGUCGGUUCGGAAGCAGGUACCAGAGGUGGGCUGCCGAGGAGAUGCACAAGCGGCGGGACCCGCGACUGUACGGCAACAAGGGGGUGAUGCUGCAGAUGGUGGCGGCCGGGUGGCACCGCAAGAGCCCCGAACAGCUGGCGUGGCUGGCGGACCGGGUCGGCCGGGAGCGCAUCGCCGUCAUCCACGGGUCCGCCGAUGAGAUGAUGACGCCCCCGCACGGCAGGAAGCUGAUCGAGUACCUGCGCCCCGCUGUCGGGGAGAUGCUCGAGGGCGUCGGCCACGGGCCCGUCGCGGAGCGGUGCGAGUGGUUCAAUGGUAUGCUGGCUGAGAGGAUGGCUGUGGGCGAGAAGCUCGAUGGGCGGGCGUGAUCGAUCUAUGAAGGUGGGGAGGAGGAGUAGAGAGACAUGCAUCCAUCCAUGGGCAGUUGCUGCCGAAGCAGCAGGACGGGUAGGGGAAUGGCACUACUGUGGGUCAUGGUUUCGGGGACUGGGAUUUGAAGCAAACUCGUAUAGAUCUGCAUAGACAUACACAUAGCUCGUCAGAUGCGGUCCCGGCCAACAUAUUCUACCUAGACUGGUGCCCGGGAAGAGGCUCGCAUAUCCGGCCUGUUUCCCGGUCCAGAAUGCACGAUACAGCCUGCAGCCCAGAGCCGCGGCCGUAUACAAGCCGCAGGGCAUGACUACCUAUGAUGUGUUCAAAACGGGUCUUUUUCAC